GCGACACCGCCCGGCUGAUCAUCAAGCCCUGUCGGGGCUACCCCUACCUCCGGGAGCGCGGGAAGUGCGAGGGGGUGGUGUGUGACGCGGAGGGCCGGGAGGUAGGGCUCGGGGGAGGUGGGGGCCCGAUGAGCCCCAUCAGCUCCCCCAGUACUGAGCCUCAGCUCAUAUGGAGUAAGGAGCCGGAGCUACCCAACCCCACGGAGCAGUACUGCAUGACAAGAUUCGCUCUGGGUUUGAACGACCCGGCGGAUCCAGUAGUCCCGCACCUGCCCCCCACGGACGCACGCUUUCGACCUGACAUGCGGGCACUGGAGCUGGGGGAGUGGAACCGAGCUACGUCGUCCGCUUUGGCGGACCACUAG